AUGCAACCUGUCAUCUUCAUUGACUUUGCGGAGCUCGCGAUUGCAAUGCUCGGUUACAUCCUUCGUCAGAUGGGCGUGGCCAUGCAGAAGAUUAGCUCCCUGACCGGAAACCCAUGGAUGGAGAUGUUCAUUUUCUUGGACCAGAAGAACCCGACGUGGUACGAAAUGUUGGAAGAACAAGAAGACGAUGACAUUAGCAUCAACUCUGAUUCCGACGAGAAGCAAGAAGAUGAACCUGAGGAAAUCCUUUACGAAGAUGGGUCUGCGUCGGGUGACUACUAG